CAGAAAGGGAUUCCAGGUCGCGGUGUGGCCCAUGCGGUGCGUCUGGUGCGUCGCUCGGUGCGAACACUGCUCAACUUUGAGCGGGCCUAAUAGUCCACUUGGCAAGUCAUGGCGGAAGAAAAUCUCAGUUCCCGCAGACCAAAGCGGAGCACCGCUGGCAACAGGAUGGAACUCGCGCUGGCAGAACUCGCAAUCGAGGAAGCUGCAGAUGUAGAAGAGGACACCGAUUUCAUCAAUGAUAAAGAGGAGGAGGACGUAUUUGAGUCGGAUUUUAUGAGUACCGAUGAAGAAGCUGCCCAGGAGGACCACACUGGAGACAAGGAAGUACUUGAGGCAGACAGACGCGAGUGCCAGGCUGCUCGAACAAGGGUCGAGAAAGCAACAGCAUUGGCUCAUGCCCGCCAACGUGCUACAUUCAACCCCGAGGCCGCAGUCUCCGUUUCCCGGUCUUCAACACAAAAAUCGAGACGCCGUAUAUUGCUAGAACCAGUCGUCAAUGCGGAGACGACGAAAGUCAUCGAGGGCACCACGUCAGGCAGGACAGGCGCCAAGAGACAGAGCCAAAGGCGACAUACGGUUUUGAGUACCACGGCGACCGCAAGUCGCAUCAAAGAUGCUGAAGAGAAGAAGGCUGCCUUGCCAAAGAAGCAAAAGAUUACCACGAGCAUGCCCACUCAAGACGAACUCAUUGCACGAGCACUGGAUACGGAAGAAGGAAAUAUUCUCGAACAUCGGAAUUACCUCCGGCUUGAAGAAGAGAAGCGUGCUCGUGCUCGUGUGGUACGUCAGUCGACUACCGGUCCCGUGUUACGCUGGAUCAGUAGGAAAGAACAAAUAAAGGAAACGGUUCAGCUCGAAUUACCACCGAGGGCCUAUUUGCCAUACUAUAGUGUUUCUUAUCCAACUGGCGUGGCGGUUCAAUCUCCCGUCUGUGUUACUGGGGGGCCGUUCGUCAGUUGCGUCCCACCUGUUGCGGAAGAUCCUCCUGCGAGCAACGUGCCGACAUCAAAUAUUGCAAGUGCUCUCUCACCGAAUUCGUCAUCUGCACCACAACCACCAGGAACUAAUGUAGCCAUUUUAUCGGCACCUACACCAUCGACAACUUUACUGCUGUCAUCCCUCCAAUGCUCCGCCUCGAGUGCACCGCCACAACUGCUGUCCGAGGACCGCAUGACAGACGUGUGCAGGAACUACGUCAUGCACGAACUCGCGCAAACACCGUCGGCAAAGAAACCCCUCUGGGUAGAUACCAUGUCCGCCAUGUUUGGAGAUCACGUUCCAUGGGGGGAUCUACGCGUGUACACUGGCAAAAACCGUCCACUCUGUACGUCUUUUCCUACUCUCCGCAUCGCCAUUUUUGUCGUCGUGUUUUACUCAUCGAUGGGACGGACGUGCACGAUAAUCACUGAUUCAUUUGCUUUAUACAGCUCGACCAGUGCGAACGUGUCCCAUUACGGGCCUCCCUGCGCGCUACCUCGACCCCCGCACUAACGUCCCGUUUGCAUCCGUGGCGGCAUUCCACACGUUGACCAAGGUACUAUCACAUGAGUAUACUUGGAGUAAGUCAUUGGGGUGCUAUAUCACACCGAG